GAAGUUUCAGGUACACACAAUGCGAUUCUUCACGUUCGCUUUGAUAUUUGCGUUGUUUGUCUACGUUGCCGUGGCCAAACCAAAGGGUCCUUCAGAAGCGACUCGGGAGGCUCGUCACAGCGACAAAACGCCGCAGAAAACGCGCUCCAGUUACGUUCGAUUCGGGAAGCGUGCAAAUCCGAACGCCGAUCUGCUGUACUUGGACCAGCUGAUACUCUGAAAAUCACCAUUCAAAUCGGAAAAGUGACGUCACCAUCUCAAGUCGAUUUCAAUCGUCAUCGAUUGAUUUGUGCAAAUUUGACUCGGUGGUUCUUCUUCUCGUAUCAUAUCGCACUAAUAUCAAUUUCCAAAUAGUCAGUCAUACCAAUACCGUAUAUCACCUAGCGUAAUCCUAUCGUAUUGUUACCGUAUCCAUAUACACUUGCCACUUCGCUUCGUUCGUAAGCAUUACAAUGUCAUGAUCUCUAAGCGCGUUUCUUUUCAUGUAUACAGUAUUCCAAUGUCGUCAGCAGUGAGAGCAUCAACAGCAGCAGCCGCACAGCAGCUACGGCGGUAGCAUGGUCGUCUAUUAAGCCAUAUAAUUCGUAUUUCAAGCAGGCAAGUCCUGCCAUGUUCCGAUGUUUGUGCUGACGCGUUUGCGCGCGCGUGUGGUCGCAACGCGAAUGCAGCGCGAACGCGUCAUUCAAACAACGCAUACUUAACAUUCUAUAUGUGAACAUGUUUUAUGUCGAACGAUAAUUGAGAAUAUCACAUGAAUUCUCUAACAUAUCCAUAAGCGAGCC